ACUUGGUAAUAAUUCGUCGUCAGAUAUGGAAACGAUGGAGAACAAAUGGAGUCAGUUUAUGUCGCAUGACACGUCCUUCAACUUCCCACCUCACUCUCAAUAUGGAACAAUCUCAUAUCCACCCUCGAAGGUUGAUAUAGCGUUAGAGUGUGCAAGACUACAAAAUCGUAUGUUGCCACCGGUUCCACCACUUUACGUAGAAGGUCUCACACACAGUGAAUAUUUGGGAAACAACGUAGCUAACGAUACAGAUGAAAUGUUGAGCAAGAUUAUAGCAUUGGCUCAAGCCUCCCAUGAGCCACGAAACAGUCUAGACUCGUGGGACGGCGGUUCUGCUUCCGGGAACUUCCAUGGAGACUUUAACUAUUCCGGAGAAAAAGUCUCAUUCAUAGAGGCAAACGCGAAGGCUGUAGAUAUGCAAGAACAUUAUGGGAGUUUUAAGGAAGAAAGACUUGUUGAAAACUUGAGAUGGGUAGGAGUAUCAAGCAAGGAACUAGAAAAGAGCUUCGUUGAAGAACACUCAACGGUAGUUCCUGUAGAAGAUAUUUGGAGCUAUCAUAGAGAUAAUCAAGAACAAGAACAUCAAGAUCAAGAUGGUAUGGACGUUAACAACAACAAUGGAGAUGUGGAUGAUGCUUUCACACUUGAGUUCUCGGAAAACGAUCAUAACGAGAAUAUUUUGGACAAGAACGAUCAUGACACAACGAGUUCCUCAUGUUUUGAGGUGGUAAAAAAAGUUGAGGUUAGCCAUGGAUUGUUUGUCACAACUCGUCAGGUAACCAAUACAUUCUUCCAAAAGAUCGUACCUUCGCAAACCGUUAUAGUUUAUAUAAAUCCAACGGGCGCCAAUGAAUGUUGUCAUAAUAUGACAUCAAAAGAGGAGGUUCGUGUCCGUAAAAAGAUCAAUCCGCGACUCAAUGGAGUAGGCUCAACAUUUCUUGUACCAUGGAGAAAAUUUAUGUACGUAAUUGGCUUCAUUCCUAUGCUUCUAUUGAUGCGUUAUGUUCAUCAAGGAGGUAACUCUAACAAAAACAGAAGCAGUGAAGGUUACUCGAGGCAGCCUAAGAAAGGAGAUUGUAACAAUCGGGGCACAAUACUCAUGAUGGAAAAUGCUGUAGUGAGAAGAAAAAUUUGGAAGAAAAAGAAAGAGAAAAACAUGGUUGAUGAACAAGGUUUUCGGUUUCAAGAUAGUUUGGUGUUGAAGAAGUUGGGGCUUUCUCUUGCUAUCAUCUUAGCUGUUUCUACUAUAUGUCUUAUUUGAAUAUUGAAGUUCAAUAUAUCAUAUAUAUGGCUUUUCACUUUUUUCUAUUGUACUCCCAUUUGCAUGCCUAGGUCGUAUUUCCUCUCUUUUGCUUUUUCCAUUUCACUAAAGUCUAAACCAAACU